GCGCAGGGGAGCCCCUACCUCGUCCCUGCAGUCCCAGCAGAAAGGUCCUUGGGGGCUGCAGUGGUGGGGAUGUCGUACUACUGCGAGUGUCCUCUGCGGCUGGAGAAGAGCUUCAUCUUGGAUGGCGUGGCGGUGAGCUCUGUGGCCCGCGCCCAUGAGCGCCUGAGGCCCAAGCUCUGGUCCGCGAUUCCGCCCUACAACGCCCAGCAGGACUGCCACGCCCACCGCUACUUCCAGAGCCGCGUGGUUCCACCCAUUCUGCGGAAAACCGAACAGGAUCACGGCGGCACAGGAAGAGAUGGCUGGAUAGUGGAUUAUUUCCACAUCUUUGGAGAAGGACAGAGAUACCUGAACAGGAGGAACUGGGCUGGAGCAGGGCAUUCUCUCCAGCAGGUGACCGGCCACGACCACUACAAUGCUGAACUGAAAACGAUCAAGGGGUUCAACGGUCGGUUUGGCUAUCGCCGGAACACGCCAGCCCUCCGUCAGCACCCGUCUGUCUUUGGAGAGGUCACCCCAUUCCCUCUCUUCUAACAGCGUCUCUUCCCUUCCCACCCCUUGACCUGAAUAGAGGACAGAUGUUUAAGGCUAUUUUUAUAUAAGCAGUGAUGUUA